AUAAAAUAUUCACGAAAGUAAUACCAAUCGAACGACUUUCACAACAUUCUGAGUUCACUUACGAGGUAUUUUGCACUUAUAAUUUGCCAAUAUUACUAUUCUUCCGAGUGCAUUUAUUUAAAUGUAUCCAUUUAUCCGGAGAUAGGAAAUCCCGUGCUUUUCGAGUUGCUCUUGAACCAAUUUAUUUAACUCAUUGGAAUACAGUUACUGUAACUGCCGUACCGGAAAAUACAAUCAGUCGAUUGGUUCAUUAUGUAAGAGUUGAUGAGGAGCAAAAAAUUACACUACCUGAUGCCUUAGUAUAUUUAAUCUGUGAUGAAAAACAAACAGAAACGAUGCUUCUCAGUUGGAUCAUCAUCAGUACAGUUACGGAUGAAUGUGAUUGUGUGAACUGUGUAGUAUUGGAUGAUGAGAAUGUUCGUUGGCCGUUUACAUUAGAGAUUAAAAAACGAGGACUGAACUAUGAUGUAGUAUUAAAGAUGAAGAAUGCAAAGAUGCGAUCUACUUUGAUUGAUGAGUUGAAAGCAAGAAUUUUAGUCCGGAUGCGAUAUAUCUGGAAAGAGUUAAAGGAAAAGGAAGACUGUGAAUUACUUCUGGAUAAUAAGUCACUAUCUGACUGUUUCGCUUCUCUUAUUGCUAAAUAUAAGCGUGUUUGUCGUUCGAAAAUGGUGCGUAAAUUAAAAUUUCACGAGAAGAAAUUGCUGAAAAAGGUUGAUUUCAUCUCGUGGGAGCUUGAUAAUAAUAUUCAUGAGGCGAAGAUUUUGCGAAGAUAUCACAUUAAGAAACGUCAGCAUUACUCGAUGUAUAAUACGUUGGCAGCUAAUAUUCGAGAAAUUGCACUGAAAUUAAAAGAGUUACCACUGAAUGAUCCAUUUCGUUUGAAAACGGUUCGAGAAUUUUUGGAAAAACUGUAUACCGUCGGAUUGAUACCGACUGCUGACACGCUCGAACGUGCCAGUAAAGUUACCGCUUCUUCAUUUUGUAGGCGACGAUUGCCGGUAAUUAUGAAACGUCUAGAAAUGGCGGAAACUAUACGAAAUGCGAGUGAUCUUGUGGAACAAGGGCAUGUACGUGUCGGAAUAGAAUUAGUGACUGAUCCUGCAUAUCUAGUUACUCGAAAUUUGCAAGACUGUAUUACAUGGACGAAGGACUCAAAAAUCCGGAAGCAUAUUCUCAACUAUAAUAAUGAACGGGAUGAUUUUCUGUUAUGA